UGUUGAGUUGCAAGCACAAGGAUUCACACAGUCUAUACUUAGCUCUCCUAAACGUCAAAGUCUGUGGCAAGACACGAUCUGUUUGAGUGACGUGAUCUACUUUUAGAACUUUUAACGCAUUUCUUUAAAUGAUUUGAUCGAUGGAGGACUUGUUUAAAUGCAUGUUUUUAGGAAAAUCAAUUGAAGAGCGCGAAUGGGAUGCUUUUUGGGUUUAAAUUAAGAACUGAGACUGUUAUAGCCCAGUAAUGUUUAAGAAACUGUGAUAAUAGCAAAGCGAAACGUGGGACACAUUUUGAGAAAGCGAUUUAUUAAUGCAUCGGUUCAUACAGCUGUGUGAACUGUGAAAAUGGCACUAGGAAUUAUUUCAUUUUUGGCUCUCUGCAUCUUUUAUAUUCAAGUGCCGCAGGGCCAAACUGGAUGUGCUGAAGUGGACUCCAUGACGGAGGCUGUGGCUGGAAAAGGCUUUCUGUUGGGUUGUAUUUCCUGCAAAAGGAGAGAAGAAGUGCCUGGUUCUGCUAUUGUUGAUUGGCACUUCAAAGCAGCUGGAACCGAGGAGUUUAUCCAUAUCUUUCAGUAUGAAUAUAAUAACCCCACCAUUCUUCAUGAAAACUUUGAGGGAAGAUUAGAGUGGCAAGGAACUAUGGGGACAAAGGAUGUGCAAACUGGUGCCAUCUUUAUUCACAAUGUCACAUAUAAUGACACUGGGACUUACCUUUGUACCUUCCACCGCACGCUGUACCUUCCUCUGUAUGAGGAACAUUUGGUAAUAAAUAAAGAGGUGGAACUCACAGUUGUGGAAGAAGCCAACCCUGAGCUGACGGCUGUGAUCUCUGAGAUCAUGAUGUACGUGUUGAUUGUAGUUCUGCAGUUGUGGAUGAUUGGAGUGCUGAUUUACUGCUAUAGGAAGAUCUACGCUGAGAACGAAGCUCGCGAGGCCAGAAAAGCUGCAUGCUCUCAAAACAAACUCGUUGGGUCGAAAGAUCCUUGUGAUGGCAUUUAUUUGGAAUAACUACAGGCUUAUUAUUUUCAGUGAACAUAGGCUGCUAAUAUAUUUGAUGCAUAUAGUGUUAAAGGAAUAGUUCAUCCUAAAAAGAAAAUUUGCUAAAACUUUACUCACGCUCAGAUGUAGCUGAGUUUGUUUCUUCAUCAGAACAGAUUUGGAGAAAUUUAGCAUUACAUCACUUGCUCACCAGUGGAUCCUCUGCAGUGAAUGGGUGCCGUCAGAAUGAGAGCUGAUAAAAACAUCACAAUAAUCCACAAGUAAUCCACAUGAUUCCAGUUCAUCAAUUAACGUCUUGUACAGUGAACUUUGAACUGCAUGUCGCUUCCAGCCAAAAUAGUCCAUAAUCCAUAAUAACGCUUCUUACAGUGAAAAAGUCAAUUUCCUGUUGUCCUCUCACAUCAAAAUCCACCAAGAUAUUUUUUUAGAACUGUUUUGGACUGUUUUUUUUUUUUACAA